AUGAACGACGAAUGGACUUCCUUUGACGUGUUCAUCAUCGUACUUGAUAACCAAAGUGUGUUUCCCGAUCUCAGCUGGUCUGACACACAGAGCAUAUGUUCCAUCUCUAUGGUCAUACAGUUCACAGUAAGCUGGCUUGGUUGGUCCCAUGCAAAGAGCAGAGAGUUGUCCGGAUCCAGCACGACGGGUGUCGAUAACUGUCUUGAUAUUCUCAUUGAUGAUUCCAAUUUUCAAAGUAGAAGCGUCAACAUCAAUAAGAUCAGCAAGGUGAGCAGAAGUAUCAGCAGAAACAGCGAAUGGAGAUCCUUUCACGUGUUUUCCAUUCCAAAGAAUAUGCAAUUCAUAGGUUCCUCCAGUCAAUGGGGUGUAAGUCGCCUUGUAGACAUUGUGUCCGAGUUGUUGUAUUCUAACAGGAAUAUCUGCUUUGGAUCCAAGAAGAGUUGCGGUGAUACGUCCUUCUUUGUUGAUAUCACUUCCAUCAAUGAUGAAUUCAUUGUGCUCUUUGAGUACAGCUCUGUGAAGACCAUCUCCUCUGACCAUUAUUCUAUUGAUCUCGUCAUCGACACUCGAACCGGAAGACUUUUCACUGAAAGUUAUUCAUUAGUGAAUAAAUAUUGCAGAAUUAUUCGUACCGUGUGUGAUAGGUGGUUGUGA